AUGACAACUAAUGGUAACCUUACAAAUGAACCACGACCACGUUUAUGUCAUCUUCGACGAUGGCCAAAUUUUGUUGGUUAUGGUUUUAAUUUACAUUGUGAAAAAUCUCGACCAGGUCAAUAUAUUGGUAAAGUUGAUCCUGAUUCACCAGCAGAAUUUGCUGGCUUACGUGAACAUGAUCGUAUAGUUGAAGUUAAUUUUGUUCCAAUUGGAAAUGAAAAUCAUAAACAAGUUGUAUCAAGAAUAAAAGAAGGUGUUACAAGAAAUGGUACAAAAUAUCCUGAAGAAGUUAUUUUACUUGUACUUGAUCCUGAUGCUGAUGCUUAUUAUAAACAUAAAUCUAUUAUUGUUCGAAGUUCAGAUUCAAAUGUUGAAAAAUUCGAAAGUGAAAUUCGAGAUGAAACAGAAAAUGGAGAUCAAUCACCUCAUUCAUCAACUAAAAGUAUUGGUAAGACAGAUUCACCCAUUAUUCAAGAAACAUCACCAAGAAUAAUACAAAAUGAACCUAUUCGAGAAUAUAAACAUAUUACUGAUUUUACCGGUCCAACAGUUACACAAACAACUAAAACUGGCAGUUCACCAACAACAUCAAGAACAUCUGAUCAAGAUAAUGAUCAUGAAAAUUAUUUACAAUCAUCACCACCUUCUAUAGGCAAACAUAAACAUAAAGAAUUUAUUUCCGUUGGUAAUUCAUCACCAAAGUCUCCUACAUAUGAUUCUCAUUUAAAACCAAUGGACAGUGAUAUUUCUCAAACUAGUCCACCUCAAUCAUCAUCAGCUAAUGGAUCAGAAGGAACACUUGAGCUUAAAAUGUCAGCAGCUGAAUAUCGAGAACAAUUAAAAGCUCAACAGGCUCGUAAACGUGAUCCACGUCAAGAUCAACAAAUGUCAAUGAAACAAAAACAUGAUUUAAUUGAUCGUUUGUAA